AUGGCGGCGUGCAACAUGAGCACGCUGGAGGGCUGCGCCCGGCUGGAGCCGCUGGAGAUGGAGCUGCCGGACGCGGCCGCGGUGCCGCCGGACGAGGACGUCGACGAGGCGGCGGCCGGCCUGAUGCCCGUCUCCCUGCGGGUCACGCUGGCGGCCAUCAUGAUCUUCAUGAUCACCAUCGGCUUCCUGGGCAACGCCAUCGUCUGCCUGAUCGUCUACCAGAAGCCGGCCAUGCGCUCGGCCAUCAACCUGCUGCUGGCCACGCUGGCCUUCUCGGACAUCAUGCUGUCGCUGCUGUGCAUGCCCUUCACCGCCGUCACCGUGGCGACCACCGACUGGCGCUUCGGCGGCGGCUUCUGCCGCACGUCCGUCAUGCUCUACUGGCUCUUCGUGCUGGAGGGCGUGUCCAUCCUGCUCAUCAUCAGCGUGGACCGCUUCCUCAUCAUCGUGCAGCGGCAGGACAGGCUGACGCCGCACCGCGCCAAGGUGCUCAUCGCCGCCUCCUGGGCGCUGUCGCUGUGCGUGGCGCUGCCCUCGGUGGCGGGCUGGCGGGCCGGCCGCGGGCCGGCGCCCGAGGAGGCGGAGGCGGCGCGCGCGCCCCAGUGCAUCCUGGGAUACAGCGAGUCGCUGGCCGACCGCGGCUACACGGUGCUGCUGGCCGUGGCCGUCUUCUUCGUGCCGUUCGGCGUCAUGCUCUACUCGUACCUGUGCAUCCUCAACACCGUGCGCCGCAACGCCACGCGCAUCCACAACCACGCCAGCGGCAGCGACGGAGGCGUCGGCGGCGUGGUCGGCGGCAUCGGCACCGCCGCCGGCCCGGGGCCGGGCCUGACCCACUCCACCAGCAAGCUGGGCCUCACGGGCCUGCAGCGGCCGCCGCAGCUCAGCGUGGACAUGAGCUUCAAGACGCGCGCCUUCACCACCAUCCUCAUCCUCUUCAUCGGCUUCUCGGUGUGCUGGCUGCCGCACACGGUGGUCAGCCUGCUGGCCGUCUUCAGCCGCCGCUUCUACGUCAGCGCCGCCUUCUACCCGGUGAGCGUGGGCGCGCUCUGGCUCAGCUACCUGAAGGCCGUCUUCAACCCCGUCAUCUACUGCUGGAGGAUCCGCAAGUUCCGCGAGGCCUGCCUGGAGUUCAUGCCCAAGACGUGCCGCUUCUGCCCCAAGGUGCCCGGCGGCCGGAGCCGGCGGAGGAUACGGCCGAGCAACAUCUACAUCUGCAGCAGCGAGAGCCAAUCAGCUGUAUGAGGACCAAUACACAAUUUCCUGCUCCUAUAUACUGUAUAUAUAUACAAAGGAAAAGAGGAAGGGCUACAAUAUUUGAGUAUUUUACUGUGCUUGUGACGAUGGUGGUAAGGUUUAGGUCACUCGGUGUCAAAGUGAGGACUGUGUUGCUAUGUGAUGGUAUGAUGUCACGUUUUUACGGCACUCGCAUUAAUUCUGUAAUAGCUCAGUCCUUUUGAUCAUCAGGGUCAUCUUUGCUGGAGAGAUAUUCUCCAUUAAAUUGUCUUUCCAUACUAUUAUGCCAUACUUUUUUAUGCAAUGUGUUUUGUUUGACCGGUGGUCAAGUUAUGAGAGACACAUGACAUUCCCUUCGGUGUCAUUCCUCUGUGUAGUUUUUCCCAGGCCAUGUGUACAUGUGCAACCAGUGGUGUUUGUAAAUGGACGUUUAAACAGAUGUUUUCUUUACUUCAAUUGAGACAAGAGCAAACGAACCACAGACGAUUUAAAAACAAAUCUGGU